AUGAUUUCAAUUUAAUUGUUGACUUUAUAUGCUGGAAUAAUGUAAUUUAUUUAUUUUGAAAAUUCCUUCACUCUAAUUAUUGUGCCUUUCUUCUUUAAAAUCAUGUCAUAUAUAAGAUUAUCAGAUUUCAUCUAUACAAAAGAUCCUAUUAUUAACGCAUCGAUUUUAUUGUAGUAAAGAAAGUUUUAUGAAAGCUUUUUAAUUCUCAAUAAGUUAAAAGAUUAAAAUUUUAUAAGAUAAAUUAAGAGAAAUCAAUUAUUGAAAAAAUGUAUUAAUUAAAUCAAUUAAGAUUUAUGUUAAAAAGUUAAAAAUCAAUAAUUAUUAGGAGUAGCUUCAAAAUUAAUAUCAAAUGAUAUUAAAAAUAUUAAAAUUUCGAAUAGUUUAUUAAAAAUUAUUAUGUGGAAAAUAAAAUUAUUAUAAAAUUGGAAAACAAAUGAAUUUAAUGAGAUUUAUAAAUUUGUGAAUAGAAUGUUAAAAAUAAAAAAAUAAAUAGAUAAUUAUUAUAAAACUGAACCUAAUUGUAUGGUAUAAGCAUUAGUAUGUUUUUUUUAUGCAGAAAUUUUAAAUGAUUUACUGGAAGCAAAUGAAAUGAUUAUUCAUGCUAAAAAAUCAUCAGAUAUAUAUUUUAUAGAUUAUAAAACAAAUAAACAUAUGUUUUAUAUAACAACAAAAUAUGAAAAUGGAUAAUUGUAAAUGAAUAAAAUUUCUAGUAAUGCUCCUUCAUUUAUAUGUAAUAAAAAUUUUUAGGAUUUAAUUCCUUUUGGAGUUCGUGAAUGGCAUAAUAAAUUAGUAGAUGAAUUCAUAAUAACAGGCAAAUCUAAAUUUGUAAGAUAAUUAAACUAAAAUUAUAUAACUCAUGGAUAAUUAAUUGAUACUGUAGAUUUUGCAAUUGAUUUAACAUAUUCUGAUUAAGUAAAUUUUAUUUGUUUGAUAUCUCCAACUUUAAUAAAGAAUGCUGUUUUGAUUGUUGAUGAAAAAUAUAAUAUAACUAGUUAUACAAAUCAAUUGAAAGAAAUUAAAUAUUAUAAAGCACUUUUUACUAAAGGUUCACCAGUAAUAAGUGUAUUUCCAGAAAUUUAAGAAGUGAAUUAAAGUUGUUUUAUAGAAAAUGUACUAAUAAAUACACAAAAGUUAGUGUACUAAAAUGAUGUAUCUGAUGAUGUUCGUUACUAUUGUAAUUUAGAAAUAAUAGUAAAAGAAUAUGAAUAAAAAAUGAUUUACAUGAUAGUAAAGCUUGAGAAUAUACAGAUUAUUUAUUCAAAUAAUGGUAAUUCAACAAAAAAAGAAACACAAACAAUUGUAUCAUCCUCUGCUAAUGAAUUAAGUAUAGCAGAAGAGAGACUUAUAUUAAUUAAAUAAGUUUCUAAUUAAGAUACUUAUAUGCUUAAUUAAAAUAAUGAAGCUUAAGGAUUAAAUGAUGUGAAAAGUUUGAAAGAGGCAAAAAGUCUAAAUAAAGUAAAGAGUCAAAAUGAAAUUAAAAGUUUAAAUGAAGAAGCAAUAAAAAGGGUCUUAAAUAUCGAUCCAACUUAACCAUGUGUGUUUACAUCAAGAGCUGAUCCUGAAUAACGUCUUUUAGUUGAGAAAAUAAAAACCGAAAGUAAAAAAAAUUCUAUCAAAUCUUUAACUUAAGGUGGAGAAGGAAAAGGUUUAUAACUAGAACAAUAAGAUGUUAAAAAAGAAGAAUUAUUUGAUAGAGAAGAUCAAUCUUAAGUAUCAUCAAUUAGAAUGCUUAGAAAUUCUAAAUUUUAUAGAAAAUAUGACCUUUAUAAUAAAUUCAACAAACAUAUGCCUUUAAAAAGAUAACAUUAAUUAUUGGUCUUAAUGUUUGUAUUAAGUUUAAUUAUUUAAGCAUUAUUCAUUAUUAUUGUAAUAUUUUUAUAAUAUUUUAGCAAUUAUCAAGUUUAAAUUUAGUUGCAUUUGCAAUUGAUAUCAAUUUAUUAGAAAUUAAAAAUCUUUUCUUUUAACCGAUGGAUAUGUUUUUAGUUACUAGAUGGAAUUUAUGGACUUACAAUUUCCAAAAAACUAAUGGUAUUAUAUCUCAAGAAGAGUAUAAUUCAGUUUCUAAAUUUGCAACUUCUAAUUUAGGACUUGGAUUUGAUUCACUAAAUUCUAAUUUAAAAUUAGUUCUUAAUCGACAAGAACUUUAAGGAUUAUUAUAAACUAAAUAUAUAGAGGCUUAUUCUUAUCUUGAUACUUAUAAAUCAGAAUAAUAUAAUAUGACUCUCAGAACAGCAAUAUCUGUUUUAUUAAAUUUCUAAUACAUUUUGAAAAUGAAUUACAUUUAUGAGAAAACGGUUAAAGCAGAUAGCCCGUAAAUCUUUUAUAGUUUUAAAAAUUAUCCCCCAAUGAGAGAUAUAAUGACUUAAUUAAAUUCUGAUAUUAUGGUUCAAACAAUAUCUAGAGGAUAAAAUUUUUAAGAUUAAAUGGAAACUAUGUUUGUAUUUUAGUAAUUAUUUUUGGUAAUAAUGGUCAUGUCAAUUAUUUAUGCUAAAAUUUAUAUUAAUAAAAAACUUAUACUAUUUUUACAUUUAAGUUAAUAUUCUGAUAAUGAUGCAAUCUAAUAAGAGAUCUUAAAAUUUAAAUAAUUGCUUGAUAAAUUGUAAUCAGAUAAUUCUUAUAAGUUUAAUUAUAAUCUUAAAAUAGCAGAAAAAGAAUUUGAAUUUUUUGAAUAAAAAAUUGAAAAAGAGACAAAAAAUACAAAAAAUUUAAGAAAAAAACGAAUACCUCCUUAUAAAUUUAUUUUAGUUCUAAUUUUGUUUUAUUCAAUAAUCACAUUAAAUAGUAUAGUAAAUUAUUUGGAAUUUUUAAAAUAUUUAAAAAAAUACCCUGAAACUGCAUAUUAUAAAAAAUAAUUGGCUGAUCUUGGAGGUGAUAUACCCUUAAUGUUUGCAUAAAGAGAAGUUCUUUAUGGAAGAAAAAACUAUAUGUAUUUAGAUGCGGCUUAUUUUGAUAGAAUGUGGUAUUAUAUUAUGGAAUCUCUAAAUAAUACUAAAUUAUUUACAUCCUAAGAUCCAAAUUUUGAAAAGUAAUUUGAAAUAAUAAUAAUAUUUUAAGAAUGCUUGUGACAAAUAGCUUUUAAGACUUUUAUACCAAAGUUUAACUUAGCGAUUUGUGUGAAUACUUACCAGUAGAUAUAAAAAUUAGAGCAGAAUAGUUAUGUCCAACUAUAAUGAAUUAAAAUAUGAGGCAUGGUUUGAAAGCGAUGUUAAUAUAUAUUUAAAAUUUAAUCGAAACAGAUGUUGCUAUCAAUAAUUUUACUUAUAGAGCUAUACCUACUUAGAAUGAAUUAGAAGGGGCAUUUAUGAUAUCUGAAGUUAUUAAUGUAAUGAAUUCUAAUUUUUAUAAUGAUUUGAUUUAUGUUACAACCAAAUUGGUGGAUCAGUAAAAGGUAAAUCAUUCUUUAUAUUUAGAUUUUCAAUAUUAUCUAUUUAGUUAUACUUUUUAUUGUUUUUUUUAUAAUAAUAACUGAGGUUAAAAAUAAAAUUUAUGAGAACAGCAAAAUCAUUAUUCAUUUUGUAUAUGUAAUUCCAUCCCAAACAUUAUUCACUGAUGAUACAUUUGAGAGAACUCUCAGAACUUUGAUCAAUUUCUGA